UGUGCCCAGGACUCAAGAGCACUAAGAAUGGCUCCCAUUGUCAUGGUCCACAUGGAGGAGAAGCUGCUGCCAAAAGAAAAGAAUAAACUGAGGAAGCCGGUGGUGGAGAAAAUGCGGCGUGACCGGAUUAACAGCAGCAUCGAGCAGCUGAAACUGCUGCUGGAGAAGGAGUUCCAAAGACACCAGCCCAACUCCAAGCUGGAGAAAGCCGACAUCCUGGAAGUGGCUGUCAGCUACCUGAAGCAGCAGAGCCAGCUGCAGGACCGUGCAUUCAUGCACAAGAACGUAGAGCAGGACUUCAGCAGUGGAUACCUGCGGUGCCUCAAGGAAGCUAUGCACUUUCUGUCCUACUAUGAACCCAAGAAGGAAACUCAGGUGCAGCUGAUAAAGCACUUCUGCAAAGCUCAGAUGAGUGCAGAUGUCAUGUACUCUCCUGCUCCGCGCAGUUCACCUCUGUCACCCUGCCUGUUUGCCAGAAAGCAGCCUGCACAGAAGACUGUGGCUGCUGCUCCUACCAUCUGGAGACCCUGGCAGACUUGCUGAACUUUGCUUUAUUCCUACGUUUUGCUACAAAAACUAGAGGGACCUGUGAUUGAAUAGUUCCUCUUUAAAGUAGGAAACAUUGCUUUCCAAAGGCGGGAGGGGGUCAGUUAUUGUUUUUCUGUCACAAGAAAUGAGGGUCGCUAGGUAGUUUCCCUUCAUAGUGAAGGACUGUGUGUGUAUCUUGCAGCAAAUUUGCUGCUUUUAUUGGCGGGUCUUAGCCAAAGAGAGAACCACGUUCUGAGGUGAUUUAGAGAGCCAAAGCUCUUCAGUUUCCAUCACACUUUUGCUUGACAAGGCUGUCAGUGCAAAUCUUUCUGCUAAUUCCCUGGGUCACUGGUUCAAGUGCUCCAUUGUCUCCAGAUGAUGUACUGACCUUCCUAAAGAAGGAGCACUUUGAAGAAUGUAUUUUGUAUCAUAAAGAAAGUAUUGAGCCUUUAUCUUCUGAGUGAAAGCUGUUAUUAAGAAAUGCUGAUUCCUCUGCAGUUCCUGUGCUAUUUUUAGUCUAUCUUCUUUCAGAGAGUUAUAAUGGUAACAGAUAGCUCUAGGGAAAAUUCUCCUCAUGUCAGCAUGUGCUGCUCUCAGCUGAGGAAUACUUGAUGCCUUUUGUAAAGGAAAUACCUGUGAUAUAUCUUGAGGAAAAGGGGGAGGAAGGGAGGCAGUAAGCGUUUUAUAAUCAUUCACUGAACAUGCUGAAGAGCUUAAAAAGCUUUUAUAAAGUUGUGAUGUAUUCAUCCUGUGUGAUGUUCAACUUUGUUGUCUUUACUAUACAA